UGCUCCAUCCUCUUUGUUAUAUACCCACUCACUCCACUUCCCAUUAAAUCAAACUUCAAACUAUAAAACUACCAUGGCAAGGCAAGUAGUAGCAUCCACCUCCGCCCCUCUCUGUAACAUAUAAAUACUCACCAUCUCCUAUCUCUCUCUUCAUUCCAGAGACUCAUUCCUUUCUCCUUUCUUCUCUUUCCCAAUUUUUCUGUUCUCAUUCUCCUCAAGGCUCAAAAGCUCAAAUGGCCACCAAACGUCCCUCAACCAUCUCCACCAUUCUCAAGUCCAAUCUCUACUUCCUCAUCAUAUCCCUCACCAUCGGAUGUGUCAACUCAGCUCGGAGCCUCGUUGCCGACACCACACCACUAGCGGCGCCGCUCGCCGUUGCCCCAUUUCCAUCCAUUAAUGCCGUGCCACCACCUACGAUCUCACCAGUCACCACACUUCCAGCCCCUGCUUACGCACCCUCCGUAACAACACCUGCCGUGGCCAUCCCUCCUGCAUACUCCAAUGCGGUGACAACACCUGUCGCCAACUUGGCACCUGUAGUGGGUCCUACCACGUUGACAACACCUGUUGCCGACGUGGCACCAUUAGCGGGUCCCGCUGCCACGCAGCAAGUGGACACAAAUCCGUCAUUGUCAUUCUUCAUGCACGAUAUCCUAGGCGGGUCACAACCAUCGGGUCGGGUAGUGGCGGGGAUAGUGGCUAACUUGGGAGUCAACAGUCAACUACCUUUCUCCAGAACCAACACUGCGGUCCUCCCAAUCAACGGUGGGACUCCCCUCUUUAACAACGGUAACAACAUCAACGGCCUCAACAACAACAACAUUCCAUACCUGGCCGGGCUCGGCGGGGCUUCAAGCAACACCGUCAUUGGCAACAGCGGCAACAACAAUGCCGUCAACGGUGGAAACAAGCUUCCAUUCGUUUCCGCCGGGCAGCUGCCCGCAGGAGCCACAAUUCAGCAACUCAUGUUCGGUACAAUCACGGUCGUCGAUGAUGAACUGACCGAAGGGCAGGAUUUGGGGUCGACGGUGGUUGGGAAAGCACAAGGGUUCUACUUGGCUAGCUCGGUGGUCGGAACUAGCCACACCAUGGCUUUUACGGCACUGUUUCACGGAGGCGCUCAAGUGCCCGAUGACACCAUUAGUUUCUUCGGGGUUCACCGGACGGUGGCGACAGAGUCUCAGGUAGCCGUCGUUGGAGGGACUGGGAAGUAUGAGAAUGCCAAAGGAUAUGCCAAUAUCCAGACCCUGCAAGCUUCUAAUGAUCACACCACGGAUGGGGUGGAGACUCUUCACCAGUUUAGUGUUUACCUUUCCUAUUAGAGACUUUAAAUAAAUGUCCGUUUUUAGCCCUCAUUGUGGUAGUGUGGAAUGGUUGCUUGAGGGCAUUUGAUUGUAAACUCACAUAAUCCCUUCAUCAGAUUAUGUUGUUGCAUUCCAAUUCUGGUAUUAGUUAAGGUAGUUAAAUCAGAUCGGUUCUGAUUAAGCGGUUUGGUUUUGUUUCAGUUCAAAGUGUGAAAGGUAGAAGCUAAAAUCGAACUGUUUAUUAAAUGGUUGUGACAAUUUUAAUCGAAAUCAAUUAAUAUAUGAUUCCAGUUAAAUGGUUGUAUUGGUUUCAA